AAAAGCUCGUAUCCCAAUCCAUCCAGAAGGAAUGUGACUAAAACAGCAAGUUAUUCGUCUUGGAAGAAACGUCACCCAAGAAAGACUCGACAUUGAAUCUCACUUCUAAACCAUUCUUAGGUACGCACAUCCGUGACUUUCGUGCACAUGUAGCUUGUGCACUCGGAACGACGUCCAGGCAAAAUAGAACGCUGCUAAACGGAACAAACAGCGAGGUUACGAGUACAAGACUACUACCACCAUGUCUGAUCCUGAACUUGCAACUAAGGCUCCAGAAUCCGAUGCCAUGGAACCAUCGUUGAUAUCGAACGAAGACUCCAAGGCACAAACCGGGUUGAGCAUGGGCGAGCACUGUGUCACAGAUAGACCGAAUCCAGACGAUCGUCAACCAUCCGGCGAGCUGUCAAAGUUUGGCGACAUCGAUGUCUACAUUUCCAAACCAGCCGACUACCCCAACUCUCCAGCUAAGUUGUUACUUUUGCUCACUGCUGGGACUGGCGUACACUCGAUCAACAAUCAGGUGCAGGCAGACAUGUUUGCGUCGGAAGGAUUCGUGGUGAUCAUGCCCGACCAGUUCAAAGGUGAUCCAGCACCCAACUCGAAAGCCAUUCUUGCAGAGGAGAACCCAGGGAUCAUCGAACAGUUCAAAUUAAAAGCCGCAGAGACUGCCAAGUCCUUCUUGGUCGACAUGUGGCUCGCCAGACAGACUCCCGAGAAGGUUCUACCCAUUCUGCUGAAGGUCGUUGACUCGGCCAAAGAUGAGUACGCAGACGCCGUGGCGCACGGUGAAGGCAUCUACUGUAUUGGCUACUGCUUCGGCGGAAAGUAUGCUAUCAUUCUUGCAGGCGAUCAUGAGGACACGAUGAUUGGCGGGCAAGCUGCCAAAGAUGAAGAAGCGGGCACGAUCAAAAGAGGACCAUUAAUCAGAGCAGGUGCUGUGGCACAUGCGACUCUUGUGACUCGCGAGGACUUGAAGGCUGUCAAGGCUCCUCUGACGAUGGUUUGCGUCGAAAAUGAUCCGCUCUUCCCAGCAGAGAUCUUGGAAGAUGGCAAGAAAUAUUUCGCAACGAGCAACGUUGAGCACGAAAUUAAAAUGUAUUCGGAUGUGCCUCAUGGCUUCGCCGUCUAUGGAGACUACGACUCACCUGCGAUCAAAGAAGCACAAACUUCGGCGUUCCAGCAGAUGCUCAACUGGCUGCAGUCACAUUGAAGACCGUUGAAUGCGUGUACGUGUUCACAACGGUUGAUUACUGCAAUCCAGGACUGCAUGUUAGACGAUGCCCUAUGAUACCCACGAAUGAUUCGAGCUUCACGAGGAUCGAGCUGGAAGAGGGAACGGAGUUGUGAAUAGGAAUAACUCUGAUUGUUUUCUUCUUGCCUAGCAAGUUCUCUGCUGGGAAAUCCCUCGGCUCUAUAGCAAUGAAAGAUGCGCUGCUCCCUGCCCGUGGUAUUGGUGGAGAGACUCGUUCCAUUUAGCCGCUCUAAAACUUCUC